CACACACAGUGACGCCGGCCCUGGUGUCACACAGCCGGACUCCCAGCCUUUAGCCUGGACCCGGCGGCCUGGCUGGCUGCCCCCUACAGGUGGAUGAAUGAAGACCCCAUUCAAGAGCCCAGCGGCCCCGCGGCCCCGAGCAGACGGGGGACAUUCAGGUGUGUCUGCAAACAUGAUGAAGAAAAAGAACUCGCACAAGAAACAGAGGACCAGUGUUGGUCCCAGUAAGACUCUGGCUCAGCCCAGAAGGAACAUAGUGGGCUGCAGGAUCCAGCACAUCUGGAAGGAGGGCAGUAAGUCGUCUCAGUGGAAGGGAACGGUCCUGGACCAGGUCCCCGUCAACCCCUCCCUCUACCUGAUCAAAUACGACGGCUUCGACUGCAUCUACGGCCUGGAGCUGUACAGCGACGAGCGGGUGGUGGGGCUGGAGGUGCUGCCCGACAGAGUGGCUCCAGCCCGUGUGAGCGACUCAUUGCUGGCGGAGACGAUGAUCGGCAAAGCAGUGGAGCACAUGUUUGAGACGGAGGACGGGCCGAAGGAGGAGUGGAGGGGGAUGGUUCUGGCCCGAGCUCCGAUCAUGACCUCCUGGUUCUACAUCACAUACGAGAAAGACCCGGUUCUCUACAUGUACCAGCUGCUGGAUGACUACAAGGAGGGAGACCUCCGCAUCAUGCCCGACUCCAACGACAGUGUAACGGCGGAGCGGGAGCCUGGCGAGGUGGUCGACAGUCUGGUGGGCAAACAGGUCGAGUACGCCAAAGAGGACGGCGGGAAGCGGUCGGGUAUGGUUAUCCACCAGGUGGAGGCCAAACCCUCCGUCUACUUCAUUAAGUUUGACGACGACUUCCACAUCUACGUCUACGACCUGGUCAAGACCUCCUAAGGCCAGAAAACCUGGUUCAGGACACCCCAGAAAGACUUAUCAAGUCCUGUCUAGAUCCACUGAACACCCCCACCAAACUCCCCCUCCUGUAAAGAAAAACCACAGCUAGGGUUGAAAACAUCCUGAGACUCACCACGAUCUGUGGAGACGCCUGAGACAGAUGAUAUCCAUUCUUUACCCAUGGCUUUGAUGAAACGCCUUAAAAACAGGAAGCAGACAAACAGGACCCCUUCAUUAAGAAAGAAAACUGCAAACCAGCUACGAGUCUUCAGAUCGCUCCCUGAGGAGGAUCGAAUCAUUUAUCAUUCAUCACUUCUGUCAGAUUUCUUCAGACUCUUUCAGGACGUUUCCUUCAACAUCUGCUGGGACGAAGACGACUAAUGAUCCAGCGUUGUUUGGAAUAACUGACACCUGUGUCGAUAAAUUGGAUUUUGGGACAUUUGUGGUGAUGACCAACAAAAACACGGCCAAAAAAAAAUCUGGUUUGGUGAGAAAACUUGACUCCUGAGAUCUGCGAGGACUCGAUCCUCAAACGGAACAAAAGGUCUCCCGAGCAAAAUGUCUGAAACCAUACAAGUCAAGUCAGAAGGACCUCCUCCCCCUUUUCCUGAAACCCUGCUAGACCGAUUGAGACCUUUGUUAUGUAAGGAAGGGGAGGGGGUGUACAGGUCUGAGUCUGCCAGGGUUAAUGAAGGGACGGGACUUCAGGAAUACAGAACAGUCAACCAGGGCCCGCAAAGUAACCAAACCAUCAUCUGGUCUGUCUAAAUCUGCGUUUAUAGAAGGCAUGAGUGGACAUCCAAUCACUGAGCAUUUAUUUACUGAUCAGACGCUGACUGAAAAACUCUGAAGGACGCUGUGGAAAAACCAGAGGACACAGACUCUUUCCUUUUCCCAUUCUUUUAUCAUGUUUUACCUGUCUGUGUUGAUUCCUACAUGACCCAUAAUGACUUAACAUCAGACCAUUGUAGAGGCUGAUAGAAAAACCUUCACGUCGUUGGUGAAUGUGAAGGUAUCUGGCAUCGUUAACUGCCCACAGAAAGCCAGUUAGUCCAGAGAUUCCAGUUUUAGUAGGAAUGCUAACGAUGCUAACAGGCAAUUUUUAAGUUGAAUUAAAAGCUAAACUUUCCCUCUUUUUUGUGAAUCAUCCAUCAAUGCUGUUCCCCUUUUUUCUGUUUCUAUUCUCAUAUCAUCAGGCUGUACAGCCACUUCUUUGUCCAUGUGUUUAUAUCAGCUGGCACAUACGGAUCGUCUUGUUGUCCAUUAUCUGUUCUCUGGUUUUAUUUCACCUCUUGUUCUCUGUCCUGUGUAAACUGGAUAUUACUCAGUUAGCAGUCGGAGGCUCGUGGCUGCAUUAAAACUCAGAUUUCAGGUGAAGUGACAGAGGAUUUGAUCCCGUUAGGUCUGUAGGAUUGUUUUUAUGCUGACUGACAAAUCUCUCGUCCCUUGCAAUCAUUCUACAGCUCCCUGUAAAAGUUUUAAAGGAUUGGUCUGCAGGUGCUGGAAGAAACAUUCUCAUUCAUUUCACACCCCACAAUCCUCUCUGCUUUUAGCUGAUGUAGCUCCACCCACCAAACACCUGAAGCAUAAACAGCCAGGUUGCCUGAUCCACAUCCCAUGUGCCUGAAGGGACCCAAAGAUCUGAAACUAAAUGUUUUCAAGAAGUGUUUUUCAUUCUGGGUCUCAGCUGAUUCAGAUCUAGAGCAUUCAUGGUUACAGUCUGGGUUGGGUUCUGCUGGGGAGAUCAGUUCUCCUGGUUUUGGAAUCUAGAAUUUGAUCACCUGCAUCACUGCUCUGGAAUCUGUUGCUUGAUUCUGUGGAACGUGUUUAAAACCUUCACGUUCUGAUUCUAGAACGUGGAGACCCUGGAAUGUGAAAGUUCAGUCUGUGAAGUUUUGGGAAAUAUGAUGAGAAGCCCGUUCUGACUGAAAACAAAAUGUUGCUGAAGGAAGGACAUGUUUGUUUUUCUGAAACUGACAGUUUCAGGUUCUGGAAAAUGGAGACUCUUGUUGCGACACCGGGCGUUCUAAUCAUAGAACUGCAUGUUCUGAAUCGAGAACACACCUGGUGGGGAUGUAUCCUCGCUCUAGUGUGAUUUUUACUAAAGAUUUAAAUCAUCUGAUCAGAUUCUAGAAUCCAGCAUGUAAUCUCUUCCAUUACUGGUCUACAAUCUGUUGUUUGAUUCUCUGGAAUGUGUCCCAAAUCAAAACAUGUGUGUAACAUGUUUCCUUUUAAUUCACAGCUUCAGAUUCUAGAACAGGGAGAACUUUGUUUAGAAAACAUUAAUUUCUUAUCAUGGAACCCCCACGUUCUGAUUCUAGAAUAAAUUGGGUUUAGAUAUUUGUUUUCAUAGUCUAGAGUCUGGGAUUCUAGAAUAUGAGAAUAUUUCUGCUCUAGAAGGGUCCUAAAAUACGUGGAAUUCUAGAACAUGGAGACAUUAUUCCAGAGCUUUUUCAUCUCAGAACCCAAACAUUCUGAUUCUAUAACAAAUCAGGUUUGGAUAUACUUUAGGCAUUCUCAGUCCAGAGUCUGUGGUGUGCGUUCCUGAAUUUUUUGUCAUCACCUGUUCUAGAAUCUGUCGUAUGAUUUAAAAAACAUUCUGGAACAUGCGUCUUCAUCGUGGAACCCACACAUUUUUAUUCUAGAACACCCACGUCCAGAGAGGACAAAUGAGAACCUGUUUUCUAGAGAUUACAAAAAUGCUGUUUUGUAUUCCGUGGAUCUAAAUGUUACCAGCUAUGAAAACGGUUCUCUCAGAUCACAAUCGAUUAGCGAUUAAUCUGCAAACAUUCUGAUAAAUGCUUGAUCAUUUAGGUCAUUGUUUACACAAAAGUCACAUUUGAUUAUUCGUUUCUCAAAUGUGAGAACUUGCUGCUUCUUGUCUCAUCGUAAACUGAAUAUUUGGGGAUUGUUGGACUGUUGACAUUUGACAUGGUCAACUUGGGCUCUGGGAUUUUUUUUUUUUUUUUUUUACUGUUUUCUGAUUAUGAUUAAUUGACAAUAAUUGGCAGAUUAACUGACAGUGAAAAUAAUCGUUAGUUGCAGCCUGAAUCACUUUGCGAUCACAUUAAAACAAAAUAUGACAAAGGACACCAGUGAUUCUGAGUGCAGAAUAUUUCCAGUUAAAACAGGUUGAAAUGCUCCUUUAAUCACCUCACCUGGUCCGCUCUUUCUUCGCCUCGAUCUGGUUUUCUGGGAAAGCAGAGUAAUCAGCUGUGGCGUCUCAUUUUCCUUCUGCUGCUCCGUUAACUGUUAACCCAGGCGUUGUCGAGAGCCUUACCCACGAUGCAUCUGUCCUCAGGCCCAGUGAAGCACGGGAUGUUCAGACCGUAGUGAGCCUCCUGGGUGGUGGUGGGGGGUCGGGACGAAACCAGAGUCUGGGUGGAUCUUUAGUCUCCAUGAUGUGGACAUGAGUAGUUGUCUGUUCAGGAGCCGACAUGCCGUUCGUAUUUUACAGAAAAACAUUGAUCUGUAGUGUGUGUGAAUGAGUGACUGUGUGAAGGAGUGAAUGUGUGUGUGCUGUCGAUCAGCCCCUGUUCAGAGCAGUGUUGUUUUUGCAUGCCUAUAUAGCUCAGUGUAAAUCGAUGUGAGUUGCAUGUCUGUGUAGUUUUCAGUUGUUCGGCUGACUUCUGUCUGUUGUGGCUUUGGGUGCCUUUCAUUUGAGUUUUUUCCUCCUCUCUGUUAUAUUUUGUACUGUGUGUCCCAGAGACUGGUAUUUUUGGGUUAUUGAGCAAAAAAAAGAUUAAAAAGAGAAAAAAUCCUCCUGUGAACAGAACUGACAGCAGUUAUUAUCAGGUAAAAGAGCAGAAACUGACAAACUGAGGAGGUGAUGACGGGUGUGAAUUCUGUUUUUGGGUGGAUUGUCCCUUUAAAGAGUGCCAACUACAGAUGCCAGUGUUGUACAGCAGUGAAAAGCUCACACUAUUUACUAAAAUAAACCAUUUCUCUGUUUUUUUCA